AAGCUUCUGCACGGUGUUAAAAAGCAGAGCAAAACAGCUGCGUACAUCUUCCGCAAUGCAGACACCGGCAAGGUCAAAGGUGGAUAUACUAGCGAAAAAGUAGCCCGUCCCGACUCAUCACCGCUCAACGUCAGUGCUAAACCUACUGUUCAGCAAGAGCACGUACGCUCGCACCUUUAUGUAAAGGAUACCCCGACGCCGUCACCAGCUCUGGUUUCUUCCCAUUGUUCACAUACUACCUCAGCAGAGUUUCCUGAACUCUCCACUCCUUUCCUUCCUCCACUCACAGACUCAGCUCCGAUCAGAGGCUCCAGAUGGCCGCCCAGAAGGUGGUGCUCAGGGUUCCCACCAUGACCGACGACAAGGUGAAGCAGAAGGCCAUCGAAGCUGUUGCCGACAUCUAUGGUGUUGAUUCCAUAGUCGCGGACCUGAAGGAAAAUAAGAUGGUUAUCAUAGGCGACAUGGACACUGUGGCGAUUGCGAAGAAAUUAAAGAAGAUUGGUAAGGUUGACAUUGUGUCCGUUGGACCUGCAAAAGAAGAAAAGAAAGAGGAGAAGAAAGAAGAAAAGAAGGAAGAAAAGAAAGAGGAGAAGAAAGAGGAAAAGAAAGAAGAGAAGAAAGAAGAGAAGAAAUGAUUAAGCACACAGCAUCAUUGCAUGGACUUUUCUCCUGUGUGCAGUUCCAAUAGCUUUGACCACAGAUUAAUGUUGUUAAGAGAAAUCCAUCUGUAACCUUAUAUUUUAUUAUAGUACAGAUUAGUAAAUCUUUUUAAAGAAAAAAAUACACUCUGUUCAUCUA